AUGAGCAACCAACCAUGGCUGGACAGUCUGUCAGACGAUUGGCCCUCUCCAGCUUCACCCACCACUCCCAUACCGCAACCAAUCCUCCCCGACUCCCCCAAAAUUACUAGUCAACAGGGUACCCCGAGUCGCAUUCCUGUCCCUGCACGGCGUUCCUUAGAACAACAAUCACCGGGAAGCAACAAGAAAGUUACCCGACCAUGUCAUUUUCAUAGAAGAGAACCUCCCACUCCGAAGACUCCACGAACCCCCAAAACACGGAAACCACGAUCGCCUGCUCCGGGUAAAACGACAUAUACUCCCAAGGCGAGCCCAAGAGUCAAUUCUCGCCACAGCCCCAAGGUCACUCCGAAACCCACCCCAGGUGCGGCACGCAAGCAGCCCACUAUGGAUACGCGCUCCCCUCUACGAUCGGUAUCGAAUGUCUCCAACACCUCCAACCAGUCUGAAUUCGACGGUACGGUUCAGAUCAAAGCGAGGAAGGACACAGAAACAAAGGAAGGGACGCCAGAAUGGCGCAGGCGGUUGUUGCGCGGGGAAAUCGCUGCUGGUGAGGCGCGGGAUUUGUUCGCGCCGAUGGGACUUGAGAGCGUGUUUAAGCCGCCGACACCAACUACUGGCGCAGAGCGUAAGGGCGUUUCUCCAUUCACGAAGCAAGAUGACCAUUUAUGGGAUUUCGCCGACACACCUCCGCGACAGAGUAGCGAUGGGAACAGUAGUCGCGACGAUGAGCCCGAACGUGUCAACAAGGAGAACGAAAAGGAAGAGGAGGACCAAUCGCCACAAGGGACCGUCAAUCGCGCCCCAUGGGACAAUAAUGGGGAACGGGACGCGCGUUGGGGUCAGGAAGGGUCAUCACAAGUAGGGAACACGCAACUACGAACUGCCAGUGGGCUGGAGGAUUUGCGCAACGAAGGACUCACACCCAUCAUCUUCUCUCGAAACAACACUGUGGAUGGAAAGGCGACCCCGGAAGUUAUCAAGUCUGCAUUGAAACAGGUCACCGACAAGUUGGAAAGCCUUUCUAUCGACAAGGACAGUCGCGCAGGUUCUCCAGCCAGCGAUAGCUUCCUUUUCUACAAUCACAGCGAACCUCGCCCAGACGCGUCUCCCCGAGAUGACAGUUUGCUGGACGUGACAAGUCACUCUCUGCCACAAGAUCUGUCUAUGGGAACGGUGGAAUUUAACAGCCGUAGAGGAAAUCGCUCCUUCCCUCGUCGCUUCUCUCCUUCGCCCUUGCCUUCACAUUUUUUGUCCCCCACAGUCCUCGCCAAUUCUAAAAUCCGAAGUUCCCCUCUCUUCAACCCCCCUAAUAAGACAGCGUCACCCGGCCUACCGCGUCCCUCUUCGUCUCAUGUCCGUCCAUCUACGGCAGGAGCCGAGACCGAGGCCAAAAUGCCGUCAUCAGGGAGUCCCCUGAAGUUAUUCGGUGACCACGACACAUUUACCAAUAACAGACUUCUUCGACGAAUGAGCCAGUUCGAGGACGAUUUUAGCGACGCGUCAGAAGGGGAAGAGCCCCCUUCGCCCUCGGAAGAAGCGCGAAGGAAAGGUGAAAACCGCGGCUUUUUGAACGCAAGACAUGAACCGCUGCAGGAGAUCUCGUCGAGGCGCAAUGAACGCGUCGGAUCUCGCAAUGCUGCACAUCGAAUCAGCCAGUUUGGAGGUGGUGAAUUGGACAAAUUUGAUUUCUCGGACAACAGCCCCUACGAACACAAAUUGGUCUAUGAUGAGGCCGCGGGAUUUGGCUCUCGACCAUCUUCACGCAAGCGAUCAUCAACCCGGCAAAAAUAUCUUCGGGGCCCCUCUCAACAAUUGUCUCAUUACAGCCGAUCAGCAAGUUCCGGUUUCACUCGGAAGCCAUCGGCAUGGAUGCGCCAGGAUUUCUUUGAUGAUGUGCGACAUGGGAAUCGGCCACACAAUAAGGAAAACAUGGCUCCUGAUGUCAAGCGAGUACCGAAGGCCGCCGGCUUGGAUCCUGUCCCCAAACGCCGUCGAACGAUCAUGAGAAACAUCAGCGCCGAGCCCCAUCACAAUGCCGACGGCGUGUCCCCGCAGAAAUUCGGCGACAGCAUGUCGCUUUUGCAACGAAGUCUCAUGCAACAUGGUGUACAGAUAGAGAAUAGUGACUAUCUCGCGCCGCCGGGCCAUUCCCAAUCCAUGCAGCGACCUCGAACACCCACACCAAGUCAAAUACGGACCGAUGGGGAAAGUCAUGUCGCACCGCGCAGGGACUUUUCAGAGUCCAAUUUCGAUAACACUGAUUAUUCCGAUUCAUUCUCCCUCGAUGGUGAUAUUCCACUGGUGAAGAUCACCGGCACCAGCGAUACUUCGCGGAAAGGAUCCAUCACCACUCAGGAUUAUUUGAAUGAAGCCACCAAGAUCAUGGAUUUCAUCAGAUCAAAGGGAAGAGACGUCGGUGCCUUGACAAGUCUGCACGAAUCUGACGUGGAAAGCGAGGAAGACUUCAGUUAUGACGAUGAUUCUACCCGAGAAGCAUUCUCUCGCCCUCCCAGUCGGGACGGGACCGACCUUCGCAAGUUAAGGGAGGUGAAGGAAUUGAAUCCGACUAUUUUGAGCCAUCUAAAAAAAUAUCAAGAGCAGGAUGAUCACGACGAUCGCGAGAUGUCUCUGCAUGCCUCCCAGGGCCAGGAUGAGGGUCAAACCGAACUCGGUGAACACAGGUCACAGAACAUUCGAAUUCAGGGGCCGCGAAAACGAAAAACCAGUGGGAUGGCCGACGACACGGCGGAAAACAUCGCCCAUGAUCUGAUGACUAUCAACACACAAAUGUCUGGUUUCAGCGUUACUUCCGUGCCCACAGGCAGUUCGCAAGGCUCUCAUGUGAAAGGCGUGCUGGCUUCUGAUAUUGUAGCCCAUCUUAUUCCAAGUGAAGUCAAUGGCUUCAAGUAUGAUCGUUCGAAGAAUCAGUGGGUGAAGGAUGAGGUGGAAGAACAACAGGCGCCCGUCUCUGAACCUGCCGAGGAGGCUGAUGACCCGUUCAGAGAUAUCCCGGAUCUCAGUGUGGACGAGCUACAAGAGAUGAUGAGAGUCCAUGGCCUCAGUUCUCCUACUAAGGCUGACGCCGAAGUCAAAGACCAAAACAAGGCCCGCAGUCCUUUGGCUACGAGAACAUCCCUUAAGAGGCCCGAUGGUCGACCCCACACGAGAAACGGGGAGCCUUCUGUCGGUACAAGCUCAGUUCAAUCAAGGUUUACUCGCUUCACGGCGAGUGUUCCUAAUCCUGGGACGAGAGCUACGUCAUGGGACACCGACGAGGCAACGGGGAGGGAGCCGUCCGGACAGGAGAGACUCGAGGCUCAACACCCGGAGCCACUGUCUUCAAAAAAUCCCAACUCCCAAGGGAAGCAAGCACGUGUCGCGACAGUCAACCUCUCGUCGCCGCUUGUUUCACGCUCCUCCUCCACGGAGGAAUCUCAUGAUGCCCAGCCCAACCUGCAGCCGAAUCACGCUCAACAUGGGACUGUACCAGAUGAGGGUAACACGCAGGCAGGCCUCGGAAGUGUCUCCACACGUCUCUCAGCACCCCCCACGGCACGUCAAACAUCGGUUGGUGGACAGCCGUUCAUCCGGCGUCCCAUCUCAAGGAUUGAAGAGAGGAACGAGGAGAAUGGUGAUGAACAAAGCCUCGUCCGCAGGAACGAGUCAGUUCAGGUUCAAGAGACGCCGGUAAGAACAGAAACCGGGCAAUCACUGAUGCCUCCCCAGAGCGCCGGGCUCGACACGAGCUACAGCUUUCAUCUCAGUCCACUUGCGGACUUUACCGUCAACCAAGGCGACCAGCCACUGAACCUUGAAAUGAGCUACGUGGCUCAGCGCACAAACCCGUCUUCUUUGCGACAAGUGCAUGGGACAUUCGCAUUGGCGGUUGAAGCUUUGAUUAAGCAUAUCACUGAUGUGGAGCCAUAUGAGCCUUAUUGGGAGCAUGUUCGCCGCUUAGUGUUGCGCCAGAAGGGGCUCAUCACACUACACAAGCUGAACGAAUUCUGCCCUCGAUUAGAAGAGCUGGAUGUUUCGGAUAACGAGAUCGGCCAAUUGAGUGGCAUUCCCUCCACCCUGAGGACUCUCAAAAUUCCCAGAAACUGCCUUUCCAAUCUUACUCCCUGGGGUCACAUGGUGAAUCUGCAGUAUCUGGACGUUUCAGGAAACGAUAUUGAGACAUUGGACGGCUUCUCAAGCUUGAUCCAUCUCCGCGAGUUGAAGGCGAAUGACAACCGGAUCCGCAACAUUGAUGGGAUCCUCGAUCUCAAUGGCCUGCUUAGCCUGAAGCUGAGCAACAACUCUGUCACUGCAGUAGACUUUGAGGGGUCCGAAUUGACCCGUCUUCGUGACCUCGACUUGAGCCACAACUGUCUGACAUCUGUUCGGAACGUUGAAUGGCUUCCGUCACUUGCCACUCUGGAUCUCAGCGCCAACCACAUCACCCAGUUCGACUCUCCUGCUUCUCUUAUCAGCUUACGCGCUCUCAAGCUCUCCGAAAAUCGCUUGAAUGCUUUGGAUGCACGAGCCUUCCCGUCUAUCAGCCUUCUCUAUCUUGAUGAGAACCAUCUUUCUACCGUGACUGGCCUUGAGAAUUGUCACAAUCUCGAGGUGCUAUCUCUCCGAGAGCAGACGCCGUGUACAGAAGACGACCAUGAGUUCAGGGUGGAUAUUGAUUUGGGAGUCGUCAAGGAUGUUCGCAAAGUCUUUUUGUCAUCGAACAGACUUUCUGCCCAGACUGUUUCUCCCUCUGCUCCACUCCUGCGACUCCAACUUCUUGAUCUCGCUGCCUGCGCACUGAAGGGCCUCCCGGGCGAUUUUGCGAUGAGCUUCCCGAAUGUCAAGGUCCUGAACUUGAACUUCAACUCUAUUGAUGGGGUUGAGCCACUGGAUGAGAAGGGUUUGUCAGAUUCUCAGUCGUUUAGGCAGAACUGGAAAAGGAACCGCAUGUUCCUUGAGAAAGCUGGAUCUUCGUGGAAACCCAUUGACGGUUGGUUUCUACCCCCAGCGGUGACUGGGAGUGGAAAUGCCGAUCGCAAGAAGUUGAAGUACCAAGACAAAGCCAUCGUCCGGCACCAGAAAAAUUACCAGGAUCUCUCUGACGCCCUAGCUGAGCUCGGAAACGACGAGCAGAUCUCCCAUCGCGCCGCAAUGGGGGAUGAUCCCAAGGCAGACAGAGAAACCGAAAUCAACGACCCGUUCACUCUCCCACUCGCAGACCAGCAAGCCGAUGUGAAGUAUCUCAGGAACCUCGACCAAGCCACACGGCUCCGCCGUAGAGUCCUGGAGCUCUUGCUUUACGCCGGCACAAGCGGCUCCCUCCAUACAUUUGAUGGCUUGGCUCUUCGACCAGUGCUUGGCGAUGAGCGUUCGGACAUGAACAAAGCCUGGGAGAGACUGGAACAUCUCGGCGUACUGCGAAGGAGGGCGAUUCAAAAUUAA